AUGGUGCAAGAAUUACGUUUCGACAACCAGACCGUGGUGGUCACUGGUGCUGGCGGUGGUCUGGGGAAAGCAUAUGCCCUCUUCUUCGCCUCGAGAGGUGCCAAUGUCGUUGUCAACGACCUGGGCGGUUCCUUCAAGGGCGAAGGUGCGGGCACAAAGGCAGCCGACGUUGUUGUCGAUGAGAUCAAAGCUGCCGGCGGCAAAGCAGUUGCCAACUACGACAGUGUCGAGAACGGCGACAGAAUCAUCAAAACCGCCAUCGAUACCUUUGGCCGUGUCGACGUCCUCCUUAACAAUGCCGGUAUCCUCCGUGAUGUCAGCUUCAAGAACAUGAAGGAUUCGGACUGGGAUCUGAUCAACGCCGUCCACGUCAAAGGUGCAUACAAAUGUGCAAGAGCCGCAUGGCCAUAUUUCAGGAAACAGAAGUAUGGCCGAGUCAUCAACACCGCUUCUGCCGCCGGCCUGUUUGGCAGCUUCGGCCAGUGCAACUACUCCGCCGCGAAACUGGCCCAAGUCGGGUUUACGGAGACCCUGGCUAAAGAAGGAGCCAAGUAUAACAUCAUCUGCAAUGUUAUUGCUCCAAUUGCCGCCAGUCGCAUGACGGCGACCGUCAUGCCUCCGGACGUGCUGGAAAACCUCAAGCCCGACUGGGUUGUGCCUCUCGUUGCUGUUUUGGUCCACCCGUCCAACACACACACGAGUGGCUCGAUCUUCGAAGUUGGUGGAGGCCACAUCGCGAAAUUGAGAUGGGAGCGUGCGAAGGGUCUGUUGCUCAAAGCUGACGACACCUAUACCCCUGGCGCUAUCUUGAAAAAGUGGGAUCAAGUCAACGAUUUCUCCGAGCCGGAAUACCCUAAUGGUGUUGCCGACUUCGUGAGCAAGGCGGAAGAAUCGAUGAAGCUACCACCUAAUGAACAAGGCGAGGACAUUCGCUUCGAUGGCAAAGUCGUCCUGGUGACUGGCGGUGGCGCUGGGCUCGGCCGAGGCUACUGUCUCGCUUUCGCUAAGCGGGGCGCAUCCGUCGUUGUCAACGAUCUCGUCAACCCAGAUACUGUUGUGCAAGAGAUUCAAAAACUUGGCGGCAAGGCUGUCGGUAACAAAGCCUCGGUUGAGGACGGUGAUGCUGUUGUCAAGACCGCCAUCGACACUUUCGGCAGAAUCGAUAUCUUGAUCAACAACGCUGGUAUCCUCAGGGACAAGGCGUUUACCAAUAUGGAAGACAAGCAAUGGGAUGACAUCAUCAACAUCCAUCUCCGUGGCACCUACAAAGUGACCAAGGCGGCAUGGCCAUACAUGCUCAAGCAGAAAUAUGGCCGAAUCGUGAACACAACCAGCACGAGUGGUAUCUAUGGCAAUUUUGGUCAAGCCAACUACGCUGCCGCGAAACUCGGUAUCCUUGGAUUUUCUCGAUCUUUGGCGUUGGAAGGCCGGAAGAACAACAUCUUUGUCAACACCAUUGCCCCUAACGCAGGAACACAGAUGACCCGAAGCAUCUUGCCCGAGGAAUUGGUGCAACUCUUCAAGCCCGAAUAUGUCGCUCCUCUUGUGCUCGCGUUAUGCUCGGAUAAGGUUCCAGAGCCGCCCACAGGCCUUCUCUUUGAAGUCGGUAGUGGCUGGCAAGCACGGACACGAUGGCAAAGAACCGGAGGCCACGGAUUCCCCGUCGACGUCAAGCUGACUCCCGAGCACGUUCUCGAGAAAUGGGACCGCAUCACCAACUUUGAUGACGGCCGAGCCGAUCACCCUGAGACUGGCCAGGAUGGCCUGAAGUCUAUCAUGGCCAACAUGGAGAACAAAGCCAACAAAUCAGAGGAGUCAGGGUCCGGUACAGACUACUUGGCAGCAAUCGAAAAGGCCAAGAAAGCUCAAGCGAGCGGCACUGAGUUUGUCUACGACGACCGGGAUGUCAUCCUUUACAACCUGUCCCUCAACGCUAAGAGAACACAACUGCCCUUGGUGUACGAAAACGACGACAACUUCCAGGUUCUGCCGACUUUUGGAGUCAUCCCCUUCUUCGGUGCUGUGGCACCUUUCUCGAUGGAUGAGGUCCUUCCCAACUUCUCGCCGAUGAUGCUCCUACAUGGCGAACAAUACCUGGAGAUUCGAAAGUUCCCCAUCCCCACGGCCGCCAAACUGAUAUCGUACCCGCGACUGGUAGAAGUUGUCGACAAGGGUAACGCUGGUAUUGUCGUGACCGGCACCAUCACCAAGGAUGCAAAGACUGGAGAGGAUGUCUUUUACAAUGAGUCCACCGUCUUCGUCCGAGGAUCGGGUGGCUUUGGAGGACCUAAGAAGGGAGCCAACCGCGGCAACGCAACCACUGUCUACCAGCCACCCAAGCGAGCUCCUGACGCCGUUGUUGAGGAGAAAACCUCUGAAGACCAAGCUGCUUUGUACAGACUGAACGGCGACCGGAACCCCCUCCACAUUGAUCCUGAAUUUAGCAAAAUCGGUGGCUUUAAGGAACCCAUCCUGCAUGGUCUCUGUUUCAUGGGUUUCAGCGGUAAACACAUUGUCCAGACCUACGGCCUGUUCAAGAACAUCAAAGUCCGCUUUGCUGGUACCGUGAUUCCAGGACAGACUCUGGUAACUGAGAUGUGGAAGGAGGGUAACAAGAUUAUCUUCCAGACCAAGGUCAAGGAGACCGGCAAGCUCUGCAUUGCCGGUGCUGGAGCCGAGCUCUUGGGUGCCCCUAAGCCCAAAUUGUAG